GGACUUUGUUAAAGGUUUGUGAUCAGAGAUUUUAUUUUGAAAAAGCUCGAGAAAACCUUAACGUCGUCAACAUGGUUGAGUGGACAGAUGCUGAGCGCUCCGCCAUCACUUCCCUGUGGGGGAAGAUCGAUGUGGCCGAAAUUGGACCCCAGGCUCUGACCAGGCUUCUGAUUGUAUAUCCUUGGACUCAGAGACACUUCGCAUCAUUUGGCAACCUGUCCACCAACGCCGCCAUCCUCGGAAACCCUAAAGUGGCCAAGCACGGAAAGACAGUGAUGGGUGGGCUGGAAAAUGCUGUUAAGAACAUGGACAACAUCAAGAGUACCUACGCCAACCUGAGCGUGAUGCACUCCGAGAAGCUCCAUGUGGAUCCUGAUAACUUCAGGGUCCUUGCUGAGUGCAUCAGUGUGUGCGUGGCUGCCAAGUUCGGCCCCUCCGUCUUCACCGCUGAAGUCCAGGAGGCCUGGCAGAAGUUCCUGGCCGUGGUCGUGUCCGCCCUGGGCAGACAGUACCACUGAGGGCCUGGAGACGCAGUUCGCAUUCAAAUGAUGUGCAGCAGUCUUACAGAUGUAUCCAGGACGUCUCACGUACUGCAGUGAAGCUGUUGCCAAAUGCACCAAAUAAAAUUCAUAUUAAAUACA